ACUGGUUCGUGCGUUCGCGUAAAGCGGUCGUGCGGUCCGGUGAGACUCGCGACGUAAAACAGGGCUGUGUGUUGCCUUUUUUGGAUCGAAGAAAAAGGGCUAUCGGGACAAUCGGCCGUUACGGCCGAGAAACAGAGGGCCCGCGAGAUGUCUCUGACAUGCCGAGUGCAAUAUCUGAAUGACGUCGAUCCGUUCGCCUAUGCGAGCUCCUAUCCGGAGCCACCUAGGCCGCCUGUGCACACCUUCAGCGCGACCUUGCCACUAAUUAACCAGCUCGCGGCGGUGCAUCGACUUCUACGGGCGCCUCACAGGCUCGACGACACGGCGCUGCAGUUGUACAAGGACGGCGACUACGGCGCUUACCUGGACCUCGAGGCCUCCAUCAACGAGCAGCAAGAGGAAUUCGAGGGCUUCCAGACGAACCGAAAGAACUCGAUCGUUCUCAGGACCCAGCUGUCCGUGAGGGUGCACACCAUCAUAGAAAAAUUGCUGAACAGCGAGGGCCGCGAGCUGCGACGAGCUCUCUUCUCCCUCAAGCAGAUCUUUCAGGAGGACAAGGACCUGGUGCAUGAGUUUGUGCAAAAUGACGGGCUUGCCUGCCUCAUCAAGGUUGGCAGCGAGGCUGACCAGAAUUACCAAAAUUACAUACUACGGGCUCUCGGUCAGGUGAUGCUCUACGUGGAUGGUAUGAAUGGGGUGAUGGAACACGGUCAGACGGUUCAGUGGUUAUACACACUGAUAGCCAGCCGGUUUCGUCUGGUGGUGAAGACCGCCCUGAAGCUGCUGCUGGUGUUCGUCGAAUACGUGGAGACGAACAGCCUGCUGUUGGUCAGGGCGGUGAGGUCCGUGGACACGUCCAGGGGCAUGAUACCUUGGACCAACGUGAUGAAGCUCCUGAAGGAUUACGAUGCCGCGGACACGGAGCUUCUAAUUUAUGCCACGACGUUGGUCAACAAGUGUCUGAAUGGCAUACCGGAUCAGGACACUUAUUACGACCAGGUGGACUGUUUGGAGGAGCAGGGGAUCGAGGGCAUCAUUCAGAGGUACAUGUCGAAGCAGGGCACCGACCUCGAUCUGCUCAGGCAGUUCCAGAUCUACGAGGCCGUGCUUCACCACGAGGACGGGAACGACAGGGGAUCACCUAUCCGUCAGCUCGACGAUAACAUCAGGAAGACGCUGCGGAACCGGAAGUCCCUGGUGGAUUCGCACGAGCGACGAAAAUCCCGCAGACACUCGACGGGCACGUCUCCGUUGUCGAUGUCCUUGAACGCCCGCCUAAGUCCGCGGCUAAACCACUCGUUGGGUCUAAACUCCCUGAACAACACGCUUAAUUCGAGUUUGCCGGACGACGACGACGAGUCCAGCAGUUCCCAAAGCUCGCAAGGUCAUCUGGGCGAGGUUCAACUGAACGGCAGCUACAAGGAGAACAAAGUGGACGUUGGCGUGACACCGGCGUUAAGACGUCGAAGGGAACGAGCCGAGAGACAGAGAAGCUUCAUCAGGGAGCAACAAGAGGCCACGGCGAAUAUGCGAGCAUCCGGUGUCGAGUGCGACGAGGGCAAUCACACCGACGAGGAUGAGGAUCGUCGAGUGGUUUUACAGCUGAAGAGGGAAGGAACCGUCAAGGAUCUCACACAAAAGCUGGUGGCUCAAAAUCUUAUACCGAGCAGCCCGGUCGAGGAGAAGGUCUCCAGGAUAGGUGACAUGAGUGGUCUGAUCUCGAAGGCGAAGGAGGGUCUCGCGAAAUCAAAAUCGAAGGCGGACGUUUUGAAGUCGCCGACCGGCGACAACCUGCCCAAGCUGCAGGAGGCGAAGAAAUCGGAAAACGAGCUCCACUGGGAGGAGUUGAUUAAGAAACUGAAGAGACCGCUGGCCCUCUGCGACCUCGACUUCACCGAUCUGAAUUCCGACGACGAGGUCGACGUUCUCGGUCCCGUGAACGUGACCAACGGGGUUCCACCGCCCCCGCCGCCCAUGGUGCCACCGCCCGGCGGUGUUCGUGCCCCGCCACCGCCGCCCCUGGGGGCGAGGCUGCCGCCGCCGCUUCCUCAGGCCCCUCCGCCCCUGUUCGGGAUGAAUUUCAAGUCCCCGAGAUCGCCAACGUCCACCGACGCCAGCAACACGCCAAAGAGUCCGCCGCCUACGUUCACGAAGAAGAGCAAGAAGACGGUGAAGCUGUUCUGGAAGGAGGUCAGGGACGAUCCCAUCAUACUGUCCAGGCUCGAUAAAAACAAGAUGAUAUGGGACGAGCUAUCGCCGGUACCUGUUGACACGCAGAAGCUCGAGCAUCUGUUCGAGAGCCGCGCCAAGGAUCUCAUCACCAAGAAGCAGCAAGAGAUGAACAAGAACAAGGAGAUCAUCGUGCUGGACCAUAAAAGAUCGAACGCCAUCAACAUCGGUAUGACCAAGUUGCCGCCACCGAGAUCGAUCAAGACCGCGAUCUUGAAAAUGGACGCGACCAUUAUGAACAGGGAGGGUAUCGAGAAACUAUUGACGAUGCUGCCGACCGAGGAGGAGAGGUCGAGGAUACAAGAGGCGCAGGCCGCCAAUCCUGACCUACCUUUGGGAUCGGCCGAGCAGUUUCUUCUAACUUUGGCCUCCAUCUCGGAGUUACCCGCCAGGCUGAAACUUUGGGCGUUCAAGCUGGACUUUGAGAAUUCGGAGAAGGAAAUUGCGGACCCUUUGAUGGAUCUGAAGCAGGGAAUGGAGACCCUGCGAGUGAAUAAAACGUUCCGCGGGAUUUUGAGCACGCUCCUUUCGAUCGGGAUAUUCCUCAACGGAAAUGAGGUGAAGGGCUUUCAGCUGGAAUACCUCGCCAAAGUACCUGAAGUGAAGGAUACGGUUCACAAACACUCGCUGCUUCAUCACCUUUGCCACAUGGUGAUGGAGAAGUUUCCGGAUUCUACGGAUCUCUAUUCGGAGAUCGGUGCGGUGACGAGGGCCUCGAAAAUCGACUUCGACGAGCUGGCGUCCAACAUCGGGAAACUGGAGAGCGAGUGCAAGGCGUCCUGGGACCAUUUGAAGCUCAUCGCGAAACACGACGGCUCGACGAUGAUGAAAGUCAAAAUGUCAGACUUCCUGGCGGAUUGCGCGGAAAGGAUAAUCGUGCUGGGCAUCGUGCACAGGCGGAUCAUAAAUCGAUUCCACAAGUUCAUCCUAUGGCUGGGUAUCCCGUUGCACAGGGUCCAGGACACCAAACCGAACGAGUUCUGCCGCGUGGUGUCCGAAUUCGCGUUGGAGUACAGGACCACGCGCGAGCGGGUGAUACAGCAGCUGGAGAAAAAAGCCAAUCACCGUGAAAGGAACAAGACCAGGGGGAAGAUGAUCACAGAGGUUGGCAAAUUCAGGACGAAAGAGGAUCGCGCGGACGCGGAGCUCAGGCAACUGCUCGGAAGCGAUAUCUCCGACGUCGAGAGUAUUCACGGUACCUUGCCUUGGAGGAGACAGAGGAAAGAUGAGACGCGAAAUCGUGUUGCAGGACGAACAUCGCUGGGUCCGUUGCUCCGCGACGAGAACACCAACGGUAACCUGACGGACGGCGACGACGAGCUGCUGGAAUCGUUAGUGAAGACGGCGACGAAGACACCGGCGACGAGGACGACGCCCAGAGAGCGCAAGAGGACCAGACACGCCGAUCGUAAGUCUUUGCGUAGAACGCUAAAGAACGGCCUCUCGGAAGAGGAGAAGAAGCACAUCGCCGCCUACAUCAAGGGUUACUGACUGUGAUAAAACUCGAACACCGUUAAACUCGUCCGUGAGAAAAUGAGGAUAGCCAGCAGACGAUCAUCGAAGCUCUGAUCGAACGUUGAUGACACGGCCAGGACAUCGCGAUUUGACGUAGGCGCAACCCGUACGACCGUAACACGAUGAAACAACCCUUCCAAGGAAUCGCGGAGAUACACCAAGGUUAUACGUUAAAAGAAUUAUAUAUACAUACACAUACAUAUAUAUACAUAUAUAUAUUUCGAUCGAUCUUUCUGCACGCUGGCAGGAAGCUGUAGAUUUUAUCAAAUCCGUCGUGAGACGAAACUCGAGGCCUUUCCUUCUAUCUUUCACCGUCGAUACGCGCUCUGUCGUUCAUCCUUUAAAAAUAGUACGCUAUUCUGAUAAUUAAAUGAAGUUACGUAUAACUAGUUUUUGCUCGAUCGGAUUGGAUUCAGAUCAGACAAACGUUCGAUUAGUUACUAAAGUAAAAUAUUCGAGAAUAAUACGAAGUACAAGCGAAUAAUGAAACCGAUGGAUCUAUCGUUUCCACGAUUCGUGGAAUUUCGGUUGAAUUUUCAACGAGAUAUUUUCGAUAUUUGUGUAUAGAAAUUUGUGCGUGAUCAGCAACCAUAAAAAUUGAACGCGUGUCCGAUACGACCGAGCGACGGAAUACAAGAAAUAGUUUUAAAAUCGAUGGAAAAACUGUACUUUCAGAGUUCAAUUAUUUCGUGUCUUUCGAAAAAAAUUCCAUCUCCGUUUUUUUUACCGGAGAUAUAAUAUUUAGCGACAGACGAGCGGACGUAUUUAUUCUAUCAUAGUCGACGUCGUAGUCGUAGGAAAUAUACUUUGAGCGUUAAAUUCCGUUCCCUGCAGUCGCGCAAUAUUGUUGACGGAAGAUGAAAGAAAAAGGAAGUGUACGCGACGAUCAGUCAGGCGACUUAUUCGCCAAAUCUCGUUGCGAGGCGACUUCUGGCAGCCUGUGGGCUACGGAGACGAGCUUACGGGUCAGCGUUCCGCGUCGCGACAACUUUGAAACUUAUAUCCUCUUCAUCUUCCGCGACAAAAAGAAAAAAAAGAGAAGAAAAUAAACGAAAACAAGAGAAACUUUUUCGGAUGCGUCUUCCGCGGCGACAGGUUCCGUAGUAAUAAAUGCUCGCACGCGCGGAUGGAAAGCAUUUUUCAGGCGAUUCCCUCCUGCAUGUUGCAUGAAAUGAAAAUUUCAAUUUCUUCUUGACUUCUCGAGAAAAGCACGAACGACAGAGACGUGCAAACGUGUGCCUCGUCGACGAGUGAUCCGAAUUCUUUUAACGACGAUAGAGAAACCACGAACGAGAUCGAGCAAACGUAUCGCGGGAAGCGACUGUUGCCCGCGUGGAUCCAUAUUUUUUCGUACAAUUGUAACGCAAAAUAACAGUCGAGUUCGCGAAUCUACGAAUCAUCUGUCCGACGCGUACGUAGCGAAUCUCGACACCCAUACGACGAGAAUUUGUAAAACCGGUGUGAUUCGUUCGACGGGAGGAGCAACUUAAUUAACUUAAUCAUCACCUUAUUAAUCGCGUAGCGUGCCCUCGCGUACGCGAGAUCAUUGUAAGUUUCUGCGGUAAAUGAUUCUUCAAAUAAAAUUGCGAGCAGCAGCAGUGUAUCAUCA